GACGGGGACAGAGUGGGUUAGACCCGCAGACCGAGUCUGKGUGGUUCAGACUGAGGACCGCAGCAGCCCUCUGGUUGUGGAGGAUUACAGUUGGACUCUGGUGGAUUCUCGGAACCGGGAUCUGGUUCGUUUUGACAAAUUGAGGAUUUUUAUUUAGAGAUUUUUUUUUAAUCCGCGCGUGGCUGUGAGUCUCCGGGGGACAGGGAGGCAGUUCAGCUCGGUGAGACGCCAACAAAGACGGAGCUGAGGUGGAAAUCAGGUCCGAUCAUGGAGAACGGGCUCCUGGUGGGUCUCCUCCUCCUCCUCCUGAAAGUGGCGGGGUUCGGGGUGGAGGGGCAGUUCGGCGGCGGGGACCGGGGCAUGUCGGUGCCGGAGCACGGCUUCUGCCAGCCCAUCUCCAUCCCGCUGUGCACGGACAUCGCCUACAACGAGACCAUCAUGCCGAACCUGCUGGGCCACACGAACCAGGAGGACGCCGGGCUGGAGGUGCACCAGUUCUACCCGCUGGUGAAGGUCCAGUGCUCGCCGGACCUGAAGUUCUUCCUGUGCUCCAUGUACGCGCCCGUGUGCACGGUCCUGGAGCAGGCGCUGCCCCCGUGCCGCUCUCUGUGCGAGCGCGCGCGCCAGGGCUGCGAGGCGCUCAUGAACAAGUUCGGCUUCCAGUGGCCCGACAGCCUCGCGUGCGAGAAGUUCCCCGUGCACGGCGCGGGGGAGCUGUGCGUGGGCCAGAACAUGUCGGACCGGGCCGAGCCGGAGGCCCCGGGACGCCACCCCACAGAGCCGCCCCCUCCGGACCUGCCGCUGGGUCAGUUCCGGUGCCCGGCCCUGCUCACUGUGCCCCCCUACCUGAACUACCGCUUCCUGGGCCAGGAGAACUGCGGGGCGCCCUGUGAGCCCAAGAAGUCCCACGGGAUGAUGUACUUCAGCGAGGAGGAGCUCAAGUUCGCCAGGAUCUGGAUCGGGAUCUGGUCGGUCCUGUGCUGCGGGUCCACCUUGUUCACGGUCCUGACCUACCUGGUGGACAUGAAGCGCUUCAGCUACCCAGAGCGGCCCAUCGUCUUCCUGUCCGGCUGCUACACCAUGGUGUCCAUCGCCUACAUCGCCGGGUUCCUGCUGGAGGACCGGGUGGUCUGCAACGACCCCUUUGAGAAGGAGAUCCGGACCGUGGUCCAGGGAACCAAGAAGGAGGGCUGCACCAUCCUCUUCAUGAUGCUCUACUUCUUCAGCAUGGCCAGCUCCAUCUGGUGGGUCAUCCUGGCCCUCACCUGGUUCCUGGCGGCGGGGAUGAAGUGGGGCCACGAGGCCAUCGAGGCCAACUCCCAGUACUUCCACCUGGCGGCCUGGGCCGUCCCCGCCAUCAAGACCAUCACCAUCCUGGCCGUGGGCCAGGUGGACGGGGACGUCCUGAGCGGGGUCUGCUUCGUGGGCAUCAACAGCGUGGACGCCCUGCGGGGCUUCGUCCUGGCCCCGCUCUUCGUCUACCUUUUCAURGGCACCUCCUUCCUCCUGGCCGGCUUCGUGUCCCUGUUCAGGAUCCGGACCAUCAUGAAYCACGACGGCACCAAYACGGAGAAGCUGGAGAAGCUGAUGGUGCGGAUCGGGAUCUUCAGCGUGCUCUACACGGUGCCGGCCACCAUCGUCAUCGCCUGCUACUUCUACGAGCAGGCCUUCAGGGAGCAGUGGGAGCGCACCUGGAUCAGCCAGUUCUGCAAGACCUACGCCGUGCCGUGCCUGCUCCAGAACCACCCCAACAUGAGCCCGGACUUCACCGUCUUCAUGAUCAAAUACCUCAUGACGCUCAUCGUGGGCAUCACUUCUGGAUUCUGGAUCUGGUCUGGGAAGACCCUGAACUCGUGGAGGAGGUUUUACACGAGAAUGACCCACAGUAAGCAGGGGGAGACCACUGUGUGAGGGGUCCUGACUCCCACAGACUCUUUUUUUUUAA